CAGUGUGCUAACUCUUAAAGCUGAAGAUGCUGAAAACAAUGGAGCUGAAUCCCUCCACAUAUGGGCGGAAAGUGAUGGGGCCAUGGCAUGCCUACCAUAUGUCGUCGCUGCUGCUAGUCCUACACACAGAUGUUGGCAUAUUUCUACACUUCAAAGGAACAAAGUCAAAAGAUCCGAAUUCCAGAGACAUCAUUUCUCUACCACCCUCUCCCAUGGAAACCAGGGCCCGUUCAAAUUGGGCUGUUCUUGCCCUACUUUGUCGUCGGAUCUUGUGUCAAGUCUUUGACAGCUCAUUGGACGCACGGGGAAUUGGGAUCCGGCCUGAUGAUGGCUGACCCUGAAACAAUCAAAUUGCCUCUUUUACGAACCUUUGUAUCACCUAUGCUUUGUUCCGAACCGAACAUUCCCACUCUGGCGUGGUAUUCGGGACCUAGAGGUGACGUUCUACCAUCUUUGCAACCUCACGAUGCUCUUUGCAGACGGCCCCCAAAGGCCUAGAACAUGAUGUUGCAUCCGUCUGCUAACAGUGCUGCGGUAAGAUGUCAUGACCAUUCAGUAGAGCAUGCCCACAGACAUGACAGGUUCAACUCUACUUUACCUUGGGAUGAUUUUGGACAACGACGGCUUGGUCUUCCUGGCCGCUGUACAAGCACUCUUCAUCAUGACAAGAAAACCUCUGUUGGUAUCACCAAGUAGUAAUGGCACCAGGAGAAUGCUCAGAACAAA